UUCUUCCUCCUUAGCCAGCGCGGUGGCUAUGGCCUCCAUGACUACCCCUCGGCUCCCCUUCUUCCCAGCCCGAGCACGCUCUGCCGCCGCCGCCUUCUCUUCGUUGUCCUCCUCCCCGUUACAAUGCUGCCCCGUUAAACGCACCAGCUUCACCAACACCAACUCAGCCCCCCUUCUUUUUGCCUCGCGGCCAGGGGCGCCCUUGGCGGACGGCUGGUCCGCCGACCUCAACCGUCGCCGGGCCUCUGCUAUGCCUGUCGCGGACAGCCCUCUUCCCGCGUACAGCGAUCCGCAUGCGUUACCUCUGCCUCUCACUAGUGCGGAUCUAAUGGAGUCGGGCGGGGAGGGGCUCAAGGUUGCCUACCAGGGCUUCCCAGGAGCGUACAGCGAGUCCGCGGCAAAGAAGGCCUAUCCACAUUGCCAGACCGUGCCUUGCGAGCACUUCGAUACUGCAUUUCAGGCUGUAGAAAACUGUACAGUUGAUAGGGCAGUAUUGCCACUUGAGAAUACUCUGGGCGGUAGCAUACAUCGGAACUAUGACCUUCUACUUCGUCAUAAGCUACACAUAGUUGGAGAUGUUCGCCUUGCAGUUCGGCAUUGUUUGUUAGCCAAUCGUGGAGUGAAGAUUGGAAACCUAAGAAGUGUCAUGAGCCAUCCCCAGGCUCUUGCUCAAUGUGAGCAUACACUGACAGAGUUAGGAAUUGAACAGAGACAAGCUGUUGAUGACACUGCUGGUGCAGCAAAGUUAGUUACAGAACAAAUGCUCCAAGAUACUGGUGUUGUUGCCAGUUCAUUAGCUGCUGAACUUUAUGGACUGGAUAUUCUUGCUGAAAAUAUUCAGGACGAAAAAGAGAACGUCACCCGUUUUAUGAUGCUUGCUCGGAAACCUAUUGUACCUCAGGUUGAUAAACCAUUCAAGACCAGCAUUGUGUUUUCACUUGAAGAUUGGAAACCUGCGCAGCUCCUCAAGGCACUUGCAGUUUUUGCACUGAGGGACAUCGACCUCACCAAGAUAGAAAGCCGCCCACACAAGAAAAGGCCUUUUCGUGUAGCUGAUGAUACUUUCUCCACACCCGUCAAGUACUUCAACUACCUCUUUUAUGUUGACCUUGAGGCAUCAAUGGCUGAUCCAAAAGCUCUGAAAGCUCUUGGAAAUUUGGAGGAGUUUGCACCCUUUGUAAGAGUCCUGGGGAGCUAUCCUACAGACGUGAGUGAAGUUUGAAUAACAAGUGCUUGCUGCUAAAUCACAUCCUAGUGAGUAAUCAAGAACUAUUUUGUUCUAAUUAUGGAGAGUCAGAAAGAUGCAGCUCUCAUAGCCUAUUUCCUAUUUGGAUUGGGAUUUAAGCGGUUUUACUAAUAAACUGUACCUGUGCAUUUAACAGCAGAAUAGCAGAUGUACUCAGGUUGGGUAGAACAUAGCACUAGAAUUCUGAACUACGCAUUGUGGGGGUCAACAAAGUGAUAUAUGGUGA